AUGUAUUAUACUAAACCGAAUAAACCUGAAUCAUCAUCCAAAACUUAUUACUUGGAUGAAUUAGUUGAAUGUUUGAAGAAGAGGUUCCAGAAAGCCAGAACUGAAUGUUUGCAUCAGUCAAUUGAUGAAACGAUGACUAAAUUCAAAGAAGGAUCUAGUCUAAAACAGUAUCUUCCCAUGAAACCGAUAAAAAGGGAAUCAAGCUGUGCCAAAGAUGCGAUUCCAAAACCGCAUAUGUUUACAACUUGA